AUGCAGCUGCGCAGCAUCCUUGCCAUCGCGUCGGCCAUGGCCACGUCGGUCGCCGCCGGCCUCUGCAACGCUGUCCAGCCCGUCUCGUACUCGGAGGCAACCAAGAACGCCGCCUUCAUCCCGGCCAUCAACGAGCUCAAGAAGCACGCCGUCGGCAGCUGGUACUCGGACCGCGCCCACGGCGACCAGAUCGACGCGCUCAUGAGCCAGUGCGGCAACGACAUCCCGGUCAUC